AUGGCCGUCCCCCAGGCCCCCCUGAGCCCGGUGCCCUGGGAACUGGACGGCGUCCUGCGGGUGAAGGUGGAGGAUGAGGACGCCAGCCUCCCCCAGGUCCAGCUGUGUGGCCCCGGCCACGUGGCCCACCCUGAGGAGGCCGCGCGCCUGCGCUUCCGGCGCUUCCGCUACGAGGAGACUUCCGACCCACACGAGGCCCUGGCCCAGCUCCGCGAGCUGUGCCGCCAGUGGCUGCGGCCGGAGGCGCACUCCAAGGAGCAGAUGCUGGAGCUGCUGGUGCUGGAGCAGUUCCUGGGCGCGCUGCCCCCCAAGGUCCAGGCCUGGGUGGGGGCCCAGUGCCCCAGGAGCGGCAAGGAGGCUGCCAUGCUGGUGGAGGAUCUGACUCAGGCGCUGGACCGGAAAGGCUGGAAGCCGGGAGCCGAGCCCUCAGGGGCGAGCUGCAAGCACAGCGACUCGGAAGCGGACACGGCAGCCCAGGCCCUGGCGGGGGGCGCUCCCCUGGAACACGGCUUCUUCGGGGACGCCCUCGGACCCCCGGGCAGCUCGGAGAGGAUGGCGGGGCGCCCGAGGGAUGUCUGGACCGAGCCCUGCGCCCCGGAGACAGGUUUCAGGGCCGCUCCGGGGCCUCCCGAGGCGGCCCUCCGGGACCAGCCCGGCUGUGACUCCGGGGCCUUGGGGAACAUCCCCAGCGUGUGGUCAGAGGUCACCUGGCCGGAAGAGGCCCCCUCCACGGAGGAAUCCGGUCCUUUGGACGGUGGUGGCGCGGGCCCUCUGCGGGCGCCCUCCAAGUGCGGGGAGUGUGGGAAGACCUUCUCCAGCGCCUGGGCCCUGGACGCGCACAGGAAGGGCCAUUCCCGCAAGACGCCCUACACCUGCAGCGAGUGCGGGAAGGCCUUCGGCCGCAGCACGCACCUGGCCCAGCACCAGGUGGUGCACACGGGGGCGAAGCCCCACGCGUGCCAGGAGUGCGGCCGGGCCUUCCGCCGGGUCACCCACCUAGCGCAGCACCGGCGCAUCCACACCGGGGAGAAGCCCUACGCCUGCGGGGACUGCGGCAAGACCUUCAGCCGCAGCACGCACCUCACGCAGCACCAGCGGGUGCACACGGGCGAGCGGCCCUACGCGUGCGUCGCCUGCGGCAAGGCCUUCAGCCAGAGCGCACACCUGACGCAGCACCUGCGCACGCACACCGGGGAGAAGCCCUACGCGUGCGAGGCCUGCGGGAGAGCCUUCAGCGACUACUCGGCCCUGAUCCGGCACCUGAGGAUCCACUCGGGGGAGAAGCCUUACCGCUGCCAGGUCUGCCCCAAGGCCUUUGCGCAGAGCUCGUCCCUGAUCGAGCACCAGCGAGUGCACACGGGGGAGAAGCCCUACAGGUGCGGGGACUGCGGGAAGGCCUUCAGCCGCAGCUCCGCCCUCCUGGCUCACCUGCGGGUCCAUGUCCCGGUUCUAAGGUGACCGCGGGGCAGCGGCCUCGUGCGCAACGUGGAGUGCAGGGGGGACCCCGAGUUCCCAAGGAGCCAAGAAGAAGGGGAUGGGGCAUCGAGGACUCCCCGGAAUGAGGAGGUUCUUAAGGGCAGACUUGGGGGUGUCUGGGAGCAACUCUGCAUUGGGGGGCCCGGAAAAUGCAAAGCCGUCCAGCUUCCGGAAGGACCCCGCUGCCCUCCAUCCCCACCAGGCCCGUCUCAGAGAGAGGACAGCCGCGCUGCGGAUGGUGCUGAUCCUCAGCCAGGACAGGGGGUGCGCCUCUGCCAGGACUCGGUGGUCUCAGGGUGACGAUCUGGGCCGGUCCCCAAGUUCACACUCGGGUCCUCGCCUGCCUAGCCCGGGGGACGCUGCCCAUGCUACUUCUGUGCCUUUCGUUUUUAUUUAUUUUUAUUUUUCUGGUUAAUUCUCACUCGAAGGUAUUUUUUUCAUUGAUCUUUAGAGACAAUGGAAGGGUAGGAGGGAGGGAGAGAGAGAGAAACAUCGAUGGGAGAGACAGGGGUUGGUUGCCUGUCACACACGCCCAGACCAGGGCCAGGAAGGAACCUCCCACCUAGGAACGUGCCCUUGACGGGGAGUGGAACCCUUGGGUGGAAGGCCCAGCGCUCUCCCCACUGAGGCCACCAGCCAGCUGUGCCUUCCCACCCGCUGCUCCUCUGCUUCUUCACGCCCCACGCCCUGGCGGGCUGGGGAGUCCGCCUCCUCUGCGAGGCUCCCAGACACUCUCCCUCCUGCUCCCACCUUCGCUGGGGGCGCUGCUGACACUCCCCGGGAGGCAUUCGCUUGUGCUUCCGCCCCGCCUUCCACUUCCCACCAGCCAGCAGCCCUGUUCGUUCUGCCUGCACUCACCUCCGCUGUUUUCCCCACCAUCGGACCUCACGGGCGGCCUCCCCAGCAGGGGCCCCUCCCUGCCCUCUCCACACCCGCCUCCAGGCCGCUCUCCACUCCCUGCAUCUGAUCCCGCUCUCCGUGAUGGAAGCUCUCUGAUGCGGCACCUGCUACAGCAGAGCUUCCUGGGUAGGGUACGGGUUUGCCAGGAUGGGAGUCACUUUGGGCUGAACAACCUCACGUCUCACCUUCACGUGCACCCGGACGUGGUCGCCUUUCUGUGAGGACGCAGUGAUACGAAAUGGUUUCCAAGCCCGGCCCUCAGGGAUGACGCUCAAGCCCCUGUGCCUGCCAUUCCUCCCUUCUCCUGAACCCACCACCCAGUCGUCCUUUUGGAGCGCAGCAUGUUUCUCAAGAGCAGGGCCCUGAGAGCUUCCAAGAGCAGGGCCCUGUCUCAUUCUCUGACCCGCCAGGCGUUCCUACAGGACACAGCAGGCCCCGACGCCUGUCUGUUGGAUGCAUGACGGGCUGACGCCUUCCCAGGCGGCUGCAU